AUGUUCCAAAAGAGAGCCCUCUAUAUCCCCUUCACCAUCCUCCUCAUCACAGCAACCAUCCAACUCGCACUCGUCUCUCGAAUGGUUGCAUUUCUGCACAUUCAAAAGACUGAAGUUGACUCUUAUCAUGUCUUGAGCAACAAUGCUACCGACCAUACUGCAAACAGAGAGGAUUUCUAUCUCCAUGUUCUACCGGAAAAACUAUCCCUGAAUCAGGGACAUGUCACCAACGGUGCAGCGGGAUACGGGUUGGUGCUGAGUAUUGCCUCCUUGGUAGCCAAUGUUUUUCUUAGGAGGGAUGCGUAUAAAAAGCGCCACAAAUCCAUCCUCCUAACAAUAACCAUUUCCCUCUCUCUCCUAGUCCUCUUCACCCUCUCAGCACUCGUCUACGUCGUUUCGGUAACCUACCUCACGAUCAACAACAAAAUCGACAUGGACGUUGCGCGCGCCGUUUCCUCGAAAAGCCAGCCAUACAACAUCGACAGCUGGACGCCCGAAACUUGGUAUCGAGCUUUACUUCUACUCCCGCUUGAGCAAGACACGAUUGAAAGCUUGAACAGCGCACACCACGAAAUGGUUGCUUGGAGGUGGUGGGUUUUGUUUUAUCACAUUGUGGAUUCGUUGGUAUUUUGGUGGACGGGGAUGGUUUUGGUGAGGGUAUGGAGGAAGAAGAGGGAUAGUCCUAGUUCUGAGGAAUUGGUGGAGUAUGGGGUUGGGUAUGCUGGAGAGAGGAGGGAGAGUAGGAAAUAG